UCGAGAGGAUCACAAUAUUCGUUCAUCCUGCAGAAGUGUUUCAUCUGGAAGUUGCAGCACUGCAACUUCUGUAUCCCAGCAUCCCCAUUGAGCUCAACAUCUCAUUAGUCGCAAAUUCGUGUUUUUGCAAGAAGUUUUUUGUGUAGUAAGAGUGAAAGAAAAAUAGCGUCCAACCAUCAUUUCACCAGUUCGCUAUAUAGUGAAAAUUCAUCUUUACCUUGAGGAAAACCUUGUGCUUUUUCAUUUGAAACUUUUAUGUGCUUUUGUGCGUCUUGUGCAUAUUUGCUGGUUAGAACUCUACGCCCUAGAUUUUUCUUUCAAUUUGUACUGUUCCAAAAGGGGCUCAAUUAGCUUUUGAUCUUGAUUAUGGACUUUCUGACAUAAUGGAACUAUUCUAAAACAACGUGUUUCACACCAUUUGGAUGAAUAUUAUUUUCAACCUUUUUUGGAAAAAUAAACGAUAUAGCUAUUUAUAAAAUUGGUUAUAUAGUGUAUCUAAUUUUUUUUUAAAGAAAUUGUUAUACACAUGUUACUAUAUAAAUAAGUAGAGUAAUCGAUGUUUAUAUAUUUAUAGUAUAUAUGUGCAUUUGUAAAUGGUGGAUAUAAUUGUUAAAAGUAGGUGGGAAAAUGUAACAAGUGCUGGACGGAAUUUGUCGUUUUCUUUGAAUGUAGGGCAGUGUUUUUUUUUUCAACUAAAAGGAAAAGAGGACAAGAACUUUUUAAUCUACUUAUUGAAAUUUCUUUUUGAAAAUAAAUCAAAUUGCAAUAAAUAAAAAUCAAAAUAGAAAAAUAAUCUGAAAAACAACUUGAACAAUCUUCUUUGUUGGACUCGUGACAAGAAACUAUUUUUCAUGGUUUCAGUUGGAUAAAAAUCAGUGGUUUUUACUCUAGAGCUUUUCCAUUUGAUAGAAAAUAAUAAUAAUAGACACAAGUGACAGUGUUCAAUAAUUAGGAAAAUUGUUAGGGACUGUUGAAGAAUUUAUUGAUAAAAAGAAAGUUUCUACUUUUUGGAAAAAAAGGAAAAAUAAUUUAUUACUCAUUUUGUGAUAACUGAGAGAGUGUUGAAAAUUUUGUGAAAAAGACAACAAAAUCGCUUUACUCCAAAGCUGCCAUAUAUUUUUCUACUAUCUUUACUAUUAGUCUUUUGAGAUAUAAUCACUAGAUAAGGACUAUUUGAUGGUGAAAUUUGUAGUGAAUUUUGUGUAAAAAGCAUAAAUUGAGACAAUGAACGUUUUCUAUAUGGACAGAUUGUAGGAAAUUUUGUGAAAUAUUGAGCGUCUUUUUUUUUCGGGUGUUUCUGGUGCAGACGUGAAAGGCACAAAAGUGGUCAGAUUUGAUGGAUAAAAUGUGGUCAGCAGCUCUGUGCACAUUGGGGGUGGCCAAACCAAUAUGGGGAUGCACUUGCUUAAAUUUUCGUCAAGGAUUACCUGCGGAGGCUCGUGGCGGGAAAAGACCCCUUAAGAUUUGGGAUAGCUGGCGAAAUAUCCGAAAAGGUUUAGUUGUUGGCAGUUUCGAAGAACUACUCGUAAGAGGAAAAGACAAAUUGGGCGUUCCCGCCUCGGAACCUGUUCGGGUGGUUCUUGAGUGUGACGGUACACAAGUUGAGGAUGGUGAGUACUUCCGGACUUUGGCCAAUAACACCGUGCUACUGCUCUUGAGAGAAGGAGAACGUUGGUAUCCAACUGGUGUGGAUGUUAUAAAAGCUGCGAUAUCUGCUAUUCCAAAAAUCGUCUGUGAGACGAUUCAUGCACUUGAGCUGCACGAUGAGACACCGUCUUGGAAGAUUAUGGACAACAAGGGUCGUGUUACGGUUGUGUUGCACUGGGAUCAGAGGCACGGUGGCGGAGGUGCCAGUAGCAAUGGAUUGUCCAGUGAUAAAUUCUCACCAUCGAAGAAGGGUCUAUCAGCACAGAAUUCACUCGAUAAGUCGUCACCGGGCCCACAGCAGCGCUAUCCGAGUCCACAGAUUACUGUAAUAAAUCACGACGAUCCUCAGACGGGCAUCUAUCACCCCGGCGGCCGGCGAUUGUCCAAGCAGGGGAGCUCCUUCGACGGGGUCGUGCACGUUCACACACCCGAGUGUGCACAUCACGCGCACACUCCCAGCCGGGCGGGUAGUCCUAGUGCGGCAGAGUGUGAUUUUCACUGUUGCGCCCUGCACGAGGAGGGUCGCAAAAUUGCCGUGCACAAGAGUGUUGCCACAUCGCCUAUCCAGGACGGUAGUGGGAGUCCACAGCCACCACCUAGCUCCAUGACGGACCCUAGUGGCCGACGUACAUCGGCCAGCAAGGGACAUGUUCGCUUCCUCGACAUCGGUCCCGAGCGCGAUAGUUCAGAGAGUGAAACGGAGAAUACGGUGAUGGAGGAUGAGGCGGUGACAUCGGAAAAGUUCCUUCUCCUGAUCGAUCAAUUGUCCGUGGAUCAGAAGCGACAUCUCAGUAUUAAGGAUAUUGGCAUCAUUCUCGAGCGUCUCAGCUCAAAGAUACUGGACGUUGAACGACUGGAUCGAGAGAGUGAGUCAGAUGAUUGCUACAAUUGGACCAUUAAGGCCACAAUUAGGGGUGAUGCUUUACGUGAAUUAGGUGUUAUCUACAAUGGGAAUUACUAUGCAAUCUCCGAACAUCCGGGAUAUAAGGAAGAAAAUGAGAACGAAAAUGGGGAGGAAGAAGACGAGGACAGAUUAUAGGAGGACGAUUACGAAGACGAGAGUGAAAAUUCACAAGUGCUUCGCGUGUGAAAGUUACAUGAGUGAAAAAAAAGAAAGAAUUACCGCUCAAAGUGUACCAACUCUCGUCUUCAUAGUUUUUCAGUUUUUUUUCCAAAAGAUUUAUUUUCUAAAAGUAAAAAAAAAACAAGAUAAACACAUAGAUUUAAAUCAAGACAACACAGAAAUGGGUAUAAAUAAAUUGAACAAAGGAGAAUAAAAGAAAAAAAAAUUUCUAAGUACAUACAUAUAUUACUAAAAGUUGUGAUUAGUGAAUGAAAACGAUAAAAUAGAAACAAAAUAAAAAAAAUGAAACGUAAAAAGUCACGUUUUAGCGGUGAAAAUGUGUUAAAGGUGACGUGAACACUUUUUCCUGCUGUUUAUAGAUAUUUUAGAAAAAAGAAAAA